AUGGGUGAAGAAGUGAAGGCCAUUGUUCCAGAGUCCGUUCUAAAGAAGCGAAAGAGGGAAGAGGAAUGGGCUUUGGCGAAGAAGCAAGAGCUCGAAGCUGCGAAGAAGAAGAGAGUUGAGAGCCGCAAACUCAUCUACAGCAGAGCCAAGCAGUACGCAGAGGAGUACGAUCAGCAGGAGAAGGAAUUGAUUCGGUCAAAACGUGAGGCUAAACUAAAAGGUGGAUUCUAUGUGGAUCCAGAGGCUAAGCUCUUGUUUAUUAUUCGCAUUCGUGGUAUCAAUGCCAUGGACCCCAAAUCAAGGAAGAUCCUGCAGCUGUUGCGAUUGAGACAGAUCUUCAAUGGUGUGUUUCUCAAGGUUAACAAAGCCACCGUGAACAUGUUGCACAGAGUUGAACCAUAUGUCACUUAUGGAUACCCAAAUCUGAAGAACAACUCUAUCAUUGAGCAGGCUCUGGGAAAAUAUGGAAUCAUUUCAGCUGAAGAUCUUAUCCACGAGAUCAUCACUGUUGGACCUCACUUUAAGGAGGCUAACAACUUCCUUUGGCCAUUUAAGCUCAAGGCUCCUUUGGGUGGCUUAAAGAAGAAGAGAAACCACUAUGUUGAGGGAGGUGAUACUGGAAACCGGGAGAAUUACAUCAAUGAGCUAAUCAGGAGAAUGAAUUGA